AAAAAACGUAGUUUUUACUGUUUAGAACAUUUUAAACUUUAAAGUUUACUUGAACAGUCUCACGUACAACACACUCGCAUUCGCAUACCCUGCAUUUCUAGGGUUCACUUCCUCGUUCUUCCUCUUCCGGCUUCCGGAUUCAAAUACGAGAUGUCACAACGAGGUGUUUGGCAGCUUCAAAAGCUUACAGUGAGCUACUGUAAUUGGGGUGGAAGUAGUAGGGGAAUUAGGGCAUUUAUGGAAUCUCACUUGCCAGCAUUUAAAGAAAACAACCCUCAACUAGAGGUGGUUACCGAGCUUAACCGUGGUCAACACCCAUUUCUAAAGGGAUCAUAUAAGAACAAGAAUGAGCGUGUUGUAUCUGUGAUGAACAUGACUCCAGAAGAUGUAUUGCUUUGUGCAACAAGGCUUAGAAAUUCACUUGGAAGAAAGGUGGUGAAGUUGAAGACUAGGCAUGUUACCAAACACCCCAGUGUACAAGGAACAUGGACCACAGACUUGCAGAUUUGAAGCACAAGAUUUUCAUUUGUCAAAAAAAAGAAAUGUUUUUAGUGUUUUCUUGGUUAAUUUCCCUUGAUGAUUAAAGAUUUGCAUUAGAUUCUUGGCAAUUUGGCAUGCAUGUUUAUGUAUGACUAAGUAAGAUAGCUUCUAUUCUCUAUAUAAAUGGUUCAUUUAUUGGGCACUA